ACAGCGCCAGCGUUGUGGAGCCCAGUAGUCGUCCUCAGUUGUUACGGCAGCGGCAGUCCGUUUCGUUUGGUCGUUGUUAGGUUUUUGUUUCGUUUUACAUUAUUUAUUUACCAACCAAACGACUCGAUUGCCAGUGUUGCAGACGCAUAACGUGUUUCUUUCAAACAUAAACAGACAAGACUUCGAACAACAUGGAUGGAAUUAGCGAUCUUUUGGAGCCAUAUAGUGAAACAAUUGGCAAAAUAGCCGGCACAAUAACAACACUACAAUUUCUGUCUGGCAUCGCACUUUUGAAUGACAUACGUAAAAAGCAGUCUAGCGAUGUUUAUCCCGUCGAACCGUUUUUGGGCGGAAUUGUGCUCACUGUGCUGAGCGUAAAACUGGGUCAAGUGAUGGGUGACCAGCCAAUGAUGAAGGUCAACAUAAUUGGAUUUGCCAUCAAUACGGUGUUCAUGGUUGGCUUCUAUUAUUAUGCGUCCGGCGAGAGAAAGACGCAAAUUUGGGCAAAAAUUGGCUACGUUUCGCUGUUCCUCAUGUCCUGCAUAGCGUAUGCCAACUUUGAGGAUCCGAAACAAGUUGAAUUCCGUCUUGGCAUGAUCAUCACCGGCAUCCUGGUGUGGCUCGUUGGCUCCCCCCUGCUGAACAUUCCCAACGUCAUCAAGAACAAGAGCACCGAAGGCAUGCCCUUCCCCAUUAUAUUUGCUGGACAGCUUGUGGUUACUGCAUGGAUGUUUUAUGCGUUCUCCAUUCGUAAUCAUGUCAUGGUGUGGCAGAAUUUGCUCAUCUUUGUUUUGGGUGGCAUCCAGCUCUCGAUGUUUGCCCUCUAUCCGAACACACCGGUCAAGAAGCAGCCACCAAGUGGCAAGAAGAGCAGCAAGAAAAAUAACUAAUUCGAUAGAUAGGUUCAAAAAAUCAAAAAUAUUCAAAUUUUUUAUCAUCAAAAUGAGGGACAUUUAAUGGCGCCAUUUAUGUAGUUAGUAUAUAAAAAAAAAACUGUGCAACAAAAGUCAACCAAUUGAAAAUGAUUACUCUUUUCUACCUAUAUAAGCAAUUUAUAUAUACAUCUAUAUUUUCUUAGAACAAAUCGCGCUUCUAGUACAAUUCUCGCCAAGCGAUCGAGCAUUAUCAGAAUGUAAUUAGCUAAGCUUUUACUUUACAAAACUAGCAAAUAUUUCAAAUACUAUACAUUAGGAUAAGCCGAGAUAUAAUAUCAAAUUAGAUGAUUAUUUGAAAUAGUUCAAGUUUUGUAAAGUAUGCCCAAAACUAAUCCAAUAUUGUCCAAUAUUCAAUUCAAUUAAAUAACAUUUGUACAAAGCGUAACAAACUAUUUGCAAAUUUUGACAAUAAUUCAAAUCUUCCAAAUGCAUAUUUAUAUAUAUUGUAUAUAAAAAAAGUGUAAUUAAUAUAAAUAUUAUUAUUAAAUCAAUAAACGUGUUACAAAAU